GUCCUGCUGCAUAACCCAAGUGCACUUGCUCUUCAGGACAGAAAGUGAUGACUGGAAAAUUCUCCUUCAGGAUUUUGUGUGAAGCUGGAACAGCAGUGCAAAAAAGGAAGUACGGCGCUAAAGCAAGGAUGAGUGAGAGGCCCGACAAGCCAAAGCGAAAGGCAUGAGGUGGCAGGAAAGCCAAGAGACCAGACACCAAUUGAUUUCAAUGUGAACACAGAGCCAUGCCGGCUCCAAUGCCAGCCUGGAACAAGAGGACCAAACUCCUGCUCACACUGCUCUUUAUCAUCUACAGCCAUCAGGUAACAGGUUCACUGCUUGAAAGUCUGAUUGCUAAGCGGAAUGAAUACUCGAAGAACUGCAAUAAAACUCUGGUAGCGAGUGCACUCUCAAUAACUGGAAACUACUGCAAAGGAGCGUUUGACAUGUUUGUGUGUUGGCCCCACUCUUCUCCUGGAAAUGUGUCCGUCCCCUGUCCGUCUUUCUUACCGUGGAUCAGUGACGACAAUUCUAGGAGCGCACAUAGAGAAUGCUUGGAAAAUGGGAGAUGGCGACAAAUGGAGAACUCCUCCGAGCCCUGGAGGGAUGUCUCAGAGUGUGAGGAGCACCAUUACUUUAAAGACAAGGAGGAUGAAAUGCUGCGCCAUACAGCCCUCAGGCUCAUCUCUGUCAUUGGCUACUCCUUGUCUUUGGUGUCUCUCAUAUUAGCCACUCUGCUAAUGGGCAUGCUAAGGAAGCUCCACUGUACCAGGAACUACAUCCAUAUGAAUCUGUUUGUGUCAUUCAUCCUGAGAGCUGCAGCUAUCCUUUCUAAGGAGAUCAUAAUGCACAUCAUGUAUUCCAACCUACCAAAGGACGACCCUGGAUGGAACACCUACUCGAGCUCUCCGAUAGUGAUAAUGUGCAGAUUGUCCAAGGUGUGCAUGGAGUACUUUGUGGCCUGUAACUACUUCUGGCUUUUGGUGGAGGCCAUUUUCCUUCAUACGCUGCUCUUCACUGCUGUGCUGACCAAGAGGUGUCUGCUGAAGAAAUACAUGCUGCUAGGAUGGGGAACUCCGGCCUUGUUUGUGACACCAUGGACAGUGGUCAAGAUUUUAUAUGAAAACACAGAAUGCUGGUCCAUUAUUAACAGAGGGUUCUGGUGGAUCAUAAAGGGCCCGAUCACUUUAUCAGUGUUAGUUAUUUUCUUUAUCUUCAUUAAGAUUCUGAUGUUGCUGCUGUCCAAGCUGAAAGCAGAUCAGGUGAAAUUUACCGACUACAGAUACAGCUUGGCCAGAGCAACACUGGUGCUGAUUCCUCUGCUUGGAAUCCAUGAAGUAGUCUUCACUGUGCUGAUAGACGAGUGUGUAGAUGGAAGCAGUCGCUAUGCUCGGAACUUUGUCAACCUCACCCUCAGCUCAUUCCAGGGGUUCUUGGUAGCUGUUCUGUACUGCUUUGCUAAUGGAGAGGUACAAGCUGAACUAAAAAAGCGCUGGCAGCUCUUCUUGUUCACCAACCACUUCAAGGUCAGGACCUGUUUUCGGGGAAUGCCCCUGAAGCACCUGUGGAAAUGUACUCGAGGACAUCAUCCGCGGUGCUCUCGGCAAAGUGACUCCUAUGACGAGGGCGGCAUUUCAACAAUGCACCCCCACCUGCUCCAGGUGGCUGUGCACGGCAGAGGCAGAGUACUCGGAAAAGGAGAAGUUAAGGGUCAAGCGCUGAAUGGCUAUGAUGUGACAGGACUUGAGUUCCUCACCAGGAAGAGUCUAUCCAGUAGCGAUGGUGAGAUGACGCUUGGGGAAACCAUGGAAGAGAUUCUGGAAGAGAGUGAAUUCUGA